AGUUAAAGUAGAAUAAAGUAAAAUUAAAAUUAUACUCUUUCUACAGCACAAGUAUUUAAUAAUUCGCAGCUGUAAAAUAGUUUUUUUUCCUAAAAAGUGAAAAAAGUGCUAAUUUGUAGGUAACCAAAACUGCAAGAUUAGUGAGUUUAUGAAAUUAGUACGCUAAUAAAAAAACUAAUCAAUAUUUUCCAAUCACGAAAAUCUAAUUCGAAUUGCAUUGACAUAUAAAUUUUUGUGUUGAAACAAAGCUUUCAUUUUUAGCGCGCAACGUGCACCAAAAAAAAAAAUAGUAAAAAAAGUAAUUCACAUAAAAAGUUUAUAACUCGUAAAAAAAAUCAACUGCAAAUAGUACUGCAUAAAAUUUGCCCAACGUCCACGAAAUCCAUACAACUGCUUCAUCGAAUCCACUAAUCCAAUACCAGUGAUCGAGUGAUCGUGCGGUACACAACAAACAGUAACAGUGCAUGCAAGCAGGUGUGAAAUAGUUAAGAAAAAACCGUAAUUAACCUAAAAUUGAUGCGGGCAAAUUUUUAUUGUAAAAAAGUUUUAAAAGAAAAGUUAUAUUAUUUCGUUCGAUUUGUGUAAGAAAAGUCUUUAAUUACAAUACAAUUUUGCAAUUGCAAUUGCAGUUUUUUUUCGUUGCUUUUAGUUGUUGGUGUUUCUAGCUCUUAGCGCAACAGUAAAUUUGUUUGUGCAUAAAAUUUGCACAUUUAGCCGCCUUGUUGCACACAAACGCCUCUCGUUUCCCAUAAAAAGAAAAACAAAUAAAUAAAUAGUAAUAACUACAACAACAAGAAUAACAACAAUAAUACCAACACCAACAACAAACAAAUCCACACAAAUAUGGAUGUCGCUUGGCGUUUUCGUAUAAUGAUCUUCACCGCUUUGGCCUUGAUGCUGUUUGGCGAUUUUUACGGUUAUGGCAGUGUUAGAGGCGUACAAUCGGAUACAAAUCAGGCAGCUGCAGCAGCGGCCGCCACAACGGGGCCGGGUAAAUUCCAACAGAGCGACGCGGAUAUUGAAAUUGGCGAAGAUACAGAAAUCAAUGAUUUCUCAGCUGUCGCUCUUCAGCGAAAACAAAGCACACUUAAAUCACAAUUAUCAGAUGCCAUCAAAGAAUCUUGCUUGCCAAAAAUGUUAUGCGAAAUGGCUGCAAAGCCUGAAUAUAUGCUUACUGAAAAGGAGAAGGAUCUUUUAUAUUUAAUAAGAUCAUCCACCAUGUCAUUGGCAAUGAACGCAGCGCCGAGUAAAUGGCAUUUUGCUGCCCACAUGGGCGAGUUACUGCGUUACACCGGCGAUCAUCAGAGUGGCCCUAUGGGUUGUGCGAACCUUUGGCCAAAUUGUCCGAUCAGUUCGAAGAAACUUAUGAAACUGUCGCAUAAAGUGAAGCUGUGAAAGGAGGGCGUUAGAAAUUUACACAUUUAAUAAAUAAAAAAUGGGAAUUUUUUAGAGACACAGUUUGAGCAAAAUUCAAAGAAUAUACCGACAGACGAAAAAAGUGCACAAGUUGGGACAUCUAACUAUUUUACAAGUAGUACUGAUUCAUAGUUUACGAAAUAAGAAGAUACAUCUUAUAAAUGUAAAUGUGUUUGACAAAACUAAAGAUUUUUUAGCUUAAGCCUUAUUGCAUUUCCUGAUUAUUGAAGUGGCGGCUGAGCUUUAUAGCUGAGUACGGAAUAGAAAAUAAUAUUUUUAACGGUAUCAAACACUAAAGCGAGACUCGGUAUCGCAAUAAAUGCAAUUUCCAAUUUACCAGCUUGCAUUUUUUUAAAUAUAUUUUUAUUACCACUUUUGGGCUUGUAAAUACUUUUAAAUUUCUAUAUACUAAAAUAAAUAAUAAAUUUAAUAUAGAUUAAAUUAAAAAAUAAUAAUAAUCAUAAUACGUAUAAAUUAAAUGCUGGAAAGUCUAAUGCACAUUUUCACUUGCUUUUGAAAACAUUUUAAAUGCUAUAAUUUUUCCUAAAAUAUUUGUGGUAUGUUUGGGCCAACACAGUUGAUUAGAAAAUAAUAUUGAGGUUAAGUUAAGUUAUAAAAAAUUUAAAAAAUAUUGUAAAUAUUUCGUCUACAGCUUAUUGUAAAUAAUAGUAUAAUUUCAAUGCAGGUUUAAACUUUUUAUUGAAAAAAUUUAAUAGGAAUUUUUUUAAGUUAGUUAAAUGAAAAGUAUAAGUACUUUUCAUGUAUUAUUUUGAGGUUUAAUUUAAAUUUAAUUAAAAAUUUAUAAUAAAAAUUCUAUUUAGAUUUUUGUUAAUGAGUUUUAAACGAUAAUUACGAUAUAAGUCAUAAAGAAAAUGAUGAAAAGAAAACAAAAAAUGAAUAAAAAUCUG